AUGAGCACCAAGUACACCGUGAACCUCCCACCUGUGGCAGAAACACUGGUCAUUCCGUUAUUGGCGAGAGCUCACGAUGCAGCGUCUCCAGAUCCAAUACUUGGCGAUGAGUCUGCCGCUGCGACAGUAGCGAAGCUCAGCUACGACUUCGACAGACUUGAGAUGCCAGUUCAUAUGAGCAUGAGCAUUGCCAUUCGCACCAAAGUCUUCGACAACUGGGCUGCGUCUUUCAUGGCUGCACACCCAAAUGCUGCGGUUGUACAUAUUGGCUGCGGACUCGACGAUCGCACGAGAAGGCUGAUUCCGGGUCGUGCUGUCACAUGGAUCGACGUUGACCUACCUGAGGUGAUCCGCUUGCGAUCACAGGUAAUGCCUGCAGCCACAACGAACCCCCAAUACCGACUGCUUGGAGCUGACAUCACUUCUGCCGACUGGCUGGCCGAUAUCCCGGGAGAACGUACCACGCUCAUACUCAUGGAAGGCGUCAUGUCGUACCUCGCCGAAGCGGAUGUUCGGAAUCUGCUACACCGUCUGACGGCCUGGUUUGAACGAGGAGAGAUUCUGCUGGACUGCAUCAGCUCCACAAUCCUCGACAACGAGAGCUUACAUCCUCGAGACACGCGACGUAUGGGCGCGAAGCUCAGAUCUGCUGUCGAUGACCUGGCACACUUGGAAGCUGUGGCACCUGGCCUCAAAGUUGUCGAAGCACUUCAAUUCAUUAAUGCCCCAGGCGUUGAGAGACUGCCGUGGUCAAUCAGACUCAGGAUGUACCUUUCAUCCUGGAUUCCAAGUGCUGCAGAUGCAGCGAGGCUGAUUCGGCUGCGCUUUGAACGCGUGCCAGCCUCAGGAGGACUGUUCGCGAGUAUUACGGGACUAGGUAAUCAUUCCUCGCAGCGGCGAAGUCAGUGUGCUUCUGGUCGAUAG